GUUCGCCAAACACGUAUUUUGGCCCUCGCGUCUCACCGUCCGCGCAGCCUCCAGAAACAAUCCUAGGCUCCGCCCUCUGCGCCCCGGAGGGCGCGAAAACCCAAUUGACAAGAAGUCCGUCCGGAGCCCGCGGGUCUCCUCUGUGUUCGGCUUGCUUUCCCCGCCGGGGUCCCAGUCCCGAGCACCCAGCCUCCAGUGCCCGAAUCGGGGGCGCCCCGCGUUCACCCGCCGCGACCUAGGAUCCUGGUUGCCCGCGCUUUUUCACCGUCUCUUCCCGCGUUCGACUCGGCUGAGCUGGGCCCAGCCCCCGCGACCGAUCCGGGCGGGUGGGCGCCGGGGAGUCCGAGACGGACCCCGCGGCCCAGCGCCUCGUUCUUGCGGGAGCCGGCCGCCCCCAUGGCCUCCAGGCAUGCCAGGCCGGGCCGUACCAGGUCCUAGGAGCCGGAAUUCCGGGAAGCGGGGAGCAUGGUGGGGGUCCUGGCCAUGGCGGCGGCGGCAGCUGCUCCCCCUCCGGUGAAGGACUACGAGAUAGAGGUAUGCAAAAAGCGAAGGAGAGAUGAUGACAGAUCUUCCAGUGAAACAAUUACGAAAUAUUUAUCACCAGUAGAGAAGACUGGAGACAGGGUUUUUUCUCCACCAAAAUCCAGUAAUAUUCUGGAUUAUUUUAGAAAAACUUCACCCACAAAUGAGAAGACUCAGUUAGCAGGAGAGUGCAAGAUAAAAUCAUCUGCAGCAUCACCUGCUGACAUUGGCAAACACUGUAAAAUACCUUUGGAAAUGUUCUCAAAUAUAGAGUUUAAGAAGAGAAGAAAGACAGUUAAUUUAUCUCAUCAACUAAGUAAUAUUAAACCUGAAAAUGAAUCUCCAAUUGAAAUUAAUAGUGAUGAUAGCAAAGAAGACUCUAGUUUAAAUAAUGAUGUUGUGGAGAGUAGUACUUCUGUUUCACUCAAGCAACAUGUAGAAAUACUUGCAGAAAGUAUUCAAGAUAUCAAAAACCAGUCAAACAUUGUGGCCUCCAAGAAAAGUUCUAAGAAAGUAAAACCUAAACUAGGGACCACAGAAAAUGAUUGUAAAAAUUUGAGAAAAAGGAAGCGCCAAGAGAUAAUAGAUCUAUCUGAAAGUUUACCCUUGGCAGAGGAGCUAAAUCUCCUUAAAAAAGAUGGUAAAGAUAGUAAACAGAUAAUUCCUUCCCUAGCUAAUGAAAUGGAGAGUACUACAAAUAAUGUAACUAAACCAGCCCAGUUAAAUGAUGGUACAAUAACUGUCUCGUAUGAAGAAUUUUUAAAAAGUCACAAGGAAAAUAAACUGGAACAGAUCCCAGACUCUACAAUGUCAAUUUGUGUUCCUUCUAAAACUGUUGAAGGUAGAGUCACAAGUGGUUGCAUAAGUGAUACAGAAACCUGUGAAAUUUCCCAGCAAGUACCCUUUAAGACAGUUACUGUUCUUGCACAAGUUCACCCUAUCCCCCCAAAAAAGACAGGGAAAAUACCCUCAAUUUUCUUGAAACAAAAGCAGUUGGAAAUGGAAAAUAGUCUGUCUGAUCCCGAGAAUGAACAGACAAUUCAGAAAAGAAAAUCUAACGUUGUCAUACAGGAGGAAGAACUAGAAUUGGCAGUAUUGGAAGCUGCAAGUUCUGAAGCUGUGAAACCAAAAUGCACUCUAGAAGAAAGACAGCAAUUUAUGAAAGCAUUUAGGCAGCCAGCAUCAGAUGCACUUAAAAAUGGAGUCAAAAAGUCUUCUGAUAAACAGAAAGAGCCUGAUGAAAAAUCUUUAAAUGAGGAAGAAAGAGACAGUAAUUCUAAAAAAAUCAUGGAAAAUCCUAAUAUCCAAAUGGUUUCAGAUAAUGGCAAUUCACAGUCACACACUAAUAAAGGAAGUUUUCCUAAGGGGAAAUGUAAAAAGCUAAAGAAAAAGGAUAAGAAAAUGUUAGAUAUUGGUGCUACUUCAGGUGAAAAUAGAGAGGGAAAUCCUCAAAUGAAGGAAAUAACUUUUUCCUUUAAAGGUAAACAAAGUAAAAAUAGGCUAAGAAUGAGUUUAAGACAAAAGAAAACAGGAGUUUUCAAAGACAGCCCGUUAUUUAGCAGUGCAAGUUUUAUUUGUGAAGAUGGAGCAAAUGAUGACCCUCUAAAGAUUUUUUCUCAGUAUAAGAAGUCUUCAAGAAAAACUAGCACACCAGUUAAGGAUAAGGUAAUAUAUUCUAAAGCUGAAACUGAAGACAGCUUGGUAAAUGUUUUUACACCCAAAUCAACGAGGAGAUCUGUAAGAGGUAGCAGGACACCUUCUGCAACAAUCAUUGGAGGUACGGAUUCUAGAGAUGCACAAGAUAUAUGUCCUGUGAAUGCUUCCACUCCAAGAGCAUCCAACUUAUCAGAAAAGCACACCUUAUAUACAGCGGAAUUAAUGACAGUAUCCUCUGAGUCAGAGAGUCCUAUUAGAAUGAAAUUCACCAGAAUUAGUAUUCCCAAAAAAUCUAAGAAGAAAUCUAAGAAAAGUUCCAAGAAAUCUGAAGCAACUGGUGGAGAUUUUACCUAUCAAACUAGAAAGGCAAGCAAUACUUCAAAAAAUGUGUCAAAAGCAAAACAAUUGAUUGAAAAAGCAAAAGCUUUACACAUUAGUAGGUCAAAAGCUGCUGAAGAAAUAGUGACACCCUUAAGGCGUUCAUCUAGACGUCAGAUUCUUCCUGAAGGGAAGAAAAUGUCAGACACAGAAGACUCUGUAAUAAUAAUAAAUUCAAGUCCUACUUCUUUAAAGCCUCCUGAGACAAAUCAGAAGAAACUUCAGUGUCUAAAUGAUGUGCUAGGAAAAAAACCUACCAAGACUUCUAAAAAUGAACCUGGAAAAAUGAAAAUCGCUCCUUUAUUUCUUACCAGAAAGGUUCAUAAAACAGCUGAUCCUAUCCUUGGUUUUGAUGAAAGCAGUCAAGAUACCUCCGAAAGAUCUCAGGAUUGUGACGUGCGACUUAAAGCAAAGCGUGACUUUUUAAUGAGUGGUCUGCCAGAUUUGUUGAAACGACAAAUUGCAAAGAAAUCUGCUGCAUUAGAUGUGUACAAUGCAGUGAGUACCAGUUUCCAGAGAGUAGUUCAUGUACAACAAAAAGAUGAUGGGUGCUCUUUGUGGCAUUUGAAACCACCCACUUGUUCUCGCUUAAUUAAACUUAAACAAUGGAAUACUAAAGUAAAUCUUUCUAAAUGUGUUAUUGCUCUUGGUGAAUUUUCAACAUUGAAUUCAAAUUUGAAAAGUAAUAAUUCUACUGUUGUGUUAAUGGGGAGAAGAAAAGAUUUUACUGAAGAAGUAAGAAAUCUUUUGCUGGAGGAAAUUACAUGGUUAAACCCUGAGUUUUCUUUGAGGAAAUAUUUUCCAUUGCUUCUAAAAAAAAAAGCUGAGUACCAAGUACUCUCUGAAUGUCAUUGUAAACAAGAAAAUCCACAACUAGAGCCUGAUGUCAGCCUAAAGGAAACCAAAAGGAAACGAGUGGAAACCAAAAAUCAUAAAUCAAAAAGAAGGAAACCAAAUGAGUAUUCAGAAAAUCCAGAAAAUAUAAAUGGAAAACCAAAAGAACUGGAAAAAACACACAACUACACUGGGAUAAAGCUAGAUUCUUCCAAAAGUCUGUAUUCUAAAACAUGCAGGAAGACACAAACUGCUGUGAGUACAACAUGUGAAGUGGAAAGUGAAGCAGUAGAAGAUUCUGAUGUUCUGAUAAUAGAUGAUGACAAAGCAUCUACAUCAGAAAUAUCUUCUGUUCUUGAUUCUGGAACUGAAGACAUGCUUUGGACAGAAAAGUAUCAACCUCAGAACUCCAGUGAACUCAUAGGCAAUGAACUUGCUAUAAAAAAGUUACAUAGUUGGUUGAAAGACUGGAAAAGAAGAGCUGAAUUAGAAGAAAGACAGAAUUUGAAGGGAAAAAGAGAUGAGAAACAAGAAGAUCUGUCGGAUAGCAUUGACUUUAAAGGCAGUUCAGAUGAAGAAGAGAAUCGUCUUUGCAAUACUGUUCUCAUAACAGGGCCAACAGGAGUGGGGAAAACUGCUGCAGUAUAUGCUUGUGCUCAGGAGCUUGGAUUUAAGAUAUUUGAAGUGAAUGCCUCAUCUCAGCGCAGUGGUAGACAAAUUCUGUCUCAACUGAAGGAAGCUACUCAGUCCCAUCAAGUAGACAAGCAAGGUGUAAAUGCACAAAAACCUUGUUUUUUCAAUAGCUACAACAUAGGCAAAUCACCAAAAAAAUUAAGUUCUCCUAAGAAAGUUGUUACAUCACCAAGGAGACUGCCUCCAUCAUCACCACAAAGUAGUGGACCAAAGCGAGCACUUCCACCUAAAACACUGGCAAAUUAUUUUAAAGUGUCUUCCAAGCCAAAAAAUAAUGAAGAAAUAGGAGAACUUCCAGAAAAUAAUAAAGGAAUCAAAAAUUUUUUUGAACAGAAACAAACUAUUCAUACCAAAUCUACAAAUACAACGAAUUCAAAUGCCAAAGACUAUGGAGCCGAGGAACCCAACAGGAAAAACGCAACAUCUCUCAUUCUCUUUGAGGAGGUUGAUGUCAUUUUUGAAGAAGAUGCUGGGUUUUUGAAUGCAAUCAAAACAUUCAUGGCAACAACUAAAAGACCUGUAAUCCUUACUACAAGUGAUCCUUCAUUUAGUUUAAUGUUUGAUGGCUGUUUUGAAGAAAUUAAUUUCAAUAUGCCUUCGUUGCUAAAUGUUGCCAGCUACCUACAGACAAUCUGCUUAACUGAGAAUUUUAGAACUGAUGUAAAAGACUUUGUAACAUUGUUAACUGCAAAUACUUGUGAUAUUAGGAAAAGUAUCCUUUACUUACAAUUUUGGAUUAGAAGUGGAGGUGGAUUUUUAGAAGAAAGGCCAUUAUCUCUUUGUCGAGGAAACGGCAGAAAUGUACAACUUAUUCGCUCUGAAGAUCGUCGUAAUUCCAAAAAUAACCCUAAAAAUGCUAAAAGGAGUCCUACAGACCUUCCCAAAUGUGACACUGGCUGUGUUGAGACCUUGUUUGGCCUUAAGAACAUUUUAUCCCCUUCUGAAGAUUUAUUUUCAUUUUUAAAGCACAAAAUCAGAACAAAAGAAGAAUGGCAUAAGCUCAUCCAGAUUCUUACAGAAUUCCAAAUGCGGAAUGUAGAUUUCUUAUAUAGCAAUCUUGAGUUCAUCCUACCAUUACCGAUUGAUAUAAUUCCAGAAACAGAAAAGCUUUGUGGUUCAUCAGUAAGUAUGGACACCAGUGCAGCAACAAAAAAUAUGAAAUGUCUUGCCAGGAAACAUUCUGGAGAGAAGCCAUUGAAAAAGUCGCAAAAAAAGAAACAUAAGAAAAAAAUGGUAAUUCUAGAUGAUAGUGACUUAUUUGACACGAACUUGGACUUCUCUGAUGAAUUUCUUUGCCUUCACCCUGAAUCUUCUUCCUCAAGUUCAGAAGAAAGCAAAGCCAAAGAAAGCAAUUCAGAGACAAAGAAACUAAACAAAUGUUUAGCUUCUAACCUUGAAUCUAAUCCUCAUCUUCCUAAAACACCAGCAGAAAAAAAAUGUUCUGCCCUCGUUUCUCACUGUUUAAAUUCUCUCGCUGAGUUCAUGGAUAACAUGUCCUUCUUAGAUGCCCUUUUAACUGAUGUAAGGGAACAAAAGGAACUUGGUAAACAUGACUUCAGUUGGACAAAUGGAAAGGUUAAAAGUGGACUUUGUGAUGAGUUUAGUCUUGAAAACAGUGAUGGAUGGACUUCUCAAAGCUCUGGAGAAUUAAAGGCAGCAGUAGAAGCUCUCAGUUUUACUAAGUGUUCUUCUACUAUUUCAAAAGCAUUGGAAACUUUGAAUUCUUGCAAGAAAUUAGGCAGAGAUCCAAUGAAAGACCUUACUUUAUCUGUUUCACAAAAGCGCACCAAUGUGUACUUUAGUCAGUCCUCGGCUAAUUUAGACUGUGCUUGGAAGAGGAUAGCAGUCAUUAAAAGUGUAUUUUCUAGCCGAUCUCUUCUCAACCUGGGUAAUAGACAAGCUAGUAUAAUUGAAUACUUGCCAACUCUUCGAAACAUUUGUAGGACUGAGAAGCUAAAAGAACAAGGAAAAAGUAAAAGAAGGUUCCUCCACUAUCUUGAAGGAAUUCACCUUAACAUUGCAAAAGAGACUGUGAACACUUUGGCAGCUGACUUCCCUUAAUAUUCCACAUUAACAGUGCCUUGUACAGAUUAUUGUGUGGUCCUUAAGAUACAUUUUUAUAUUGAUUUUUGUGGAAGUUUACAUCUCUUAAUGUACAUUUAAAACAGAAUAUUUGUAUAUUUUUAUUAGUGCGCAAAUAUUUAAAAUGAAAAAAUUUGAGUUGCAUUUUGUAUUUAUGAUGUGGUAUUUUAAAAAAUUUUUGUAUUAUCUGAUUUAGCUUUGUUGGAGUAUUUAUGUAUGUAACUGAGCUGUUUCUAGGAGCUAGAGUUCACUAAGAUAUUUCUAAAGAGGGUUCAAUGCUACACUACUCCAUAACUUUUCCCUUUCCUGGUACCUUUAAUUCAGCUCUCUCCAACCAAGUGUGAGUACUCUGUCAAGUUGUAAAUAUGAAUCUCUUAAAUAAAUUUAUGCAAUCUAGAAUACAAUAUUACAUAUACGUAUGAUGCAUAAGAAAACUUCCUAAGAAGGAAAUUGUUUCAUUUUUCAAAAAGUAAAAUCUCCCCCCCCACAAAAAUAAAAUAAAAAUAAAAUAAAAGAUCUUCCUGCUCAGGGUCAGCCUGCAUACCAAAGGGCCAUGGCUUCGAUUCCCCAUCAAAUGCACUUACCUGGGUUGUAGGUUCAAUCCCCGACCCCAGUUGGUGCGCAUGUGGUAGGCAACCAAUCGGUGUGUCUCUCUCACCAAUGUUUCUCUCUCUGUGUGUCUGUCUCCCUCUCCUCCCAUUCUUUCUAAAAAUCAAUGGGAAAAAAUAUCCUGGGUGAGGAUUAACAACAAAAAGUAAGAGCUUCCUGACUUUAUUUUUGGUGUACUCCAGCAUAUUUCACCAUUGAAUACUGAAUGUUGACAAAGCGGAAUCAAGAUUAUGAAUUCAAGUUUUCAUUAAUGUUUUUUAGCAACCGUACAUGUGAUAUUUUGUAUAUUUUGCCAAGUCAAAUCAAUUACCUUGUAUAUUUUUUUGUAUUUUUGUAUAGUUUGUGUUUUAUUUCAUAGAUAUUAAUGAUGUUAAUAUAUCUACUUCAUUCAAGACUUAAUGCUAUUUAACAGCCCUGGCCAGUAUGGCCUAGUUGGUUGGAGCUUCAGUCCCACACACCAAAAGAUCAUGGAUUCUAUCCUCAGCCUGGGCACAUGUGGAGGCAAACGAUCAGUGUUUCACUCUCAUACCAAUGUUUUUCUAUCUCCCUGUCCCUUCCUCUCUGAAAAUCAAUAAAAAUAUACUUUAAAAAAAAAACACCCCAGUAAAAUCAAUAAAACCACACCCUUGGGUAAGAAUUAAAAAACAAAACAAAACAAAAAAACCAAAGGAUUCUACUAUAGGAUUUCUAUAUAAUAACCAUUUCCACUGAAGGUUAUGUUUUUGGAGGAAAUAUGUAUUUUUAAUUACAAGAUUUAAAAAUUCCACAGUUCACUUUAAAUAAUUUUUGCAAUUAUAUAACCAGGUAUACCUGAAAAUAAUUUCCUAUUUCAAUUGUUUGUAUUAAUUAGCUUAAUAUUCAGUUACAUUAUCUGGUGAAUUACAUUUUCUCCUCAAAAGAUAAGGAUCCUAAUUUUGCACAGUUGAAAAUAUCUUAUGUAUACCUGCUUUAAAUGUGUAUUAAAGCGUUUUUAUUUAACCUA